CAAAAACAUUGCCCCAUCGUUUGGGAGAGGAAAAGUUUCGGAAAUGUUUUAUCAGAACGUGCCCGCGCGAGCGACGGACAAAAUUUCCUUUCAGGGGUGAAAAUUUAGACGGAAAAAAGUUCUAAUUAAAACAAUGUUUGCGUUUUCGAUGGUGCUGGUGAAGUGAUCGCCGCAUUCUCCGGUAAUGAGUGCUGUCGAGGGGCUGAAUGGAACUCAUAAUGGUGCGGUUUUUCUCCGAAAACGGGAGCGGGAGGAAAAUUUGAACAAUUAGGUACCACCCCCGAACCACAUGAGUAAUGGCGGCGAUUCCCGAUAUAGAAUCCCAAACCCCGCGUCGUCGUCCAUCCAAAUGUUGCACAACUCAAAAUUUCGACAGCACGCCGUCGUCGUAGUCUAACUGCUGCAUUACGGAACGUGUAGUCCGGCGUCGCACUCCAGAUGGUUUCUGAUAAGUCGAACUUCGUAUGUGUGUGUAAAUUAGGGCAGUGUGCGUGGGUGGGUGGUUUUAGUACAGCACGGUACACGCGCAAACGCGACUUGUACUAAACUUUUGGAGCCCUGCAACGUGUUGAUGAACGGAACUUCCGCUGGUCAUGCAGUGUGACGCGCGAUUUGAGUUCGAGCAAGGUGAGAGUCCGAAUUCGAGCUGAAAUUCGCCCAAAUUCGACAAGAGUGACAGUGAGUGUGUGUGUUUUUUGUGCUUCUACGUUUGGGGAGGUGGAGUCGGUUCAUGUCGGUUUGCAUUUCGUCUGCCUCCGUAAUUCCCAGUGGAGUGGCCGUCGAUCUCAGCACGACAGGUUCCGGCGGCCGUGGCAUGUCCCUGUCGCACCUGUCAGUGUCAUCGUCGGUGAUGCAACCGCUCGUCCAUCCACUACUGUCCAACAUGCCCGGGCUUGACCAGCAGAACGUGGUGUCCGCAAUGGGCGCACAACCGCAGUUUCACCACCACCCGGUGCCAACCGUUGGCUCGAUGGUGGCCAACGGAAGUGACCACCUGGCCGAUCAUCCCAGCCCGGAUAUGCUGCUGGCACUGAUAGCACGCAACAAAGCCCUCGAAGCAACCAUCCCCAAGUGCGGCGGCUGCCACGAGCUGAUCCUGGACCGGUUCAUCCUCAAAGUGUCCGACCGCACGUGGCACGCCAAGUGCCUCCAGUGCAGCGAGUGUCAUGUCCAGCUCAACGAGAAGUGCUUCGCCCGGAACGGUCAGCUGUUCUGCAAGGACGACUUCUUCAAGUCCUACAGGCGGUACGGAACCAAGUGUGCGGCCUGUGAUCUCGGCAUUCCGCCAACCCAGGUGGUCCGGCGAGCCCAGGACAACGUGUACCACCUGCAGUGCUUUAUGUGUUCGAUGUGCUCGCGCCAGCUCAACACCGGCGACGAGUUCUACCUUAUGGAGGACGGCAAGCUGGUCUGCAAGCCGGACUACGAGGCCGCGAAAGCAAAGGGACUCUAUCUCUCGGAUGGGUCGCUAGACGGCGAAUCGUCGAACAAACGUCCACGCACAACAAUCACCGCCAAGCAGCUGGAGACGCUGAAGAGCGCCUACAACAGCAGUCCGAAGCCGGCCCGGCACGUCCGCGAGCAACUGUCCCAGGACACGGGGCUGGACAUGCGGGUGGUGCAGGUGUGGUUUCAGAACAGACGAGCCAAAGAGAAACGACUGAAAAAGGAUGCGGGCCGAACGCGGUGGAGUCAGUACUUCCGCUCGAUGAAGGGUGGCAGCUCGCCGGGUAGACACGACAAGCUGCUCGACAAGGACGAGUUGAAGAUCGAUCUGGAUAGCUUCAGCCAUCAUGAUCUCAGCAACGAUAGCUACAGUACAUCCAACAUGGGCCUCGAGGACGGCGCUUCGCCGCACAGCGGCCGGGGGUCCUACAUCCACGGCAGUGGCAGUCCUCCGCCGUACCUCUCCAGCCAUUCACCUCCGCCCAUGGGACCGGGCCACCACUACGGCUCGUACCCGGACAAUAUCGUCUAUACGCCACUAGGUCAACCUGUCACUUCGAUGCACCCUGGGGGUCCCCACGGCGGCAGGCUGCACGGUAGUGGCGUCUCCGACAUGAGUAACGAUUCUAGUCCAGCCCACGGCUAUCCAGAUUUUCCGCCCAGUCCCGACUCGUGGCUCGGUGAGUCCUGCCAGAACGGUCAACCUGGAGUGGCCCCUCCGCCGCCGCCACCGCCAACGCUGCCACAAACAAAUGGCAGUGCCGUGGGGGUGGCCGCAGUGGCAGCGGUGGCCGCCGCGUUGCACUACUGAUCUUCGGCGCAGCGUAGACGGGCCAGGAGGUUGGGCGUUGGUACGCUGGGAUGAGCUUGGAGCUUGUUGAGUUCUUUAUAGGUUUAGGGUUUUUUUGUUUGUUUCUCACAGUUUAGAUAGUUCAAAGAACUAUUCACCACGCAAACCAAAACUAUGUCCAGUCAUUUUAGUUUAAUUUUUAGUUUCAUCAAGUCAAUUCGCCCCCAGCUGCGAACCAAAACUACAAGUACUAAUACACUAUGUCCACUAUGUGCAACACACUAUAAUGCGAGAUCGAGCUAGUCCAGAAUGCAAAACAAAUCGAGUCAUAAGCUUAAUAUAAAUCAAAAAACCAAAAACACAGGAACAGUCAUCGUUGUUAGUUAUUCGAAUGGGUUAGGGAUUUCGAAGAGCGCGACAUAAAGAAGAGGCUAUUCGAGAAAACGCUCUACGCUUGGUAUAUUUCACAGAGAAAGAGAGAGAGAGUAAAUGUUCAGAUGCGUAAAUGAUAUGAGUUCCUUAUUAAAGCUAAAAACUACAAAGAUAAAACUAACUCAAAAUGAAGCGUUGUAGAGUGAAGUCGAAAUUUUGAAUUUAAUUUCUGAUUUUUAGUGAACAAUUGAAAGAAAUUCGUCACUUUUGAAGCAAAGUUAUCUCGGUGUACAACAACUUCGUUUCCUACGUAAUCCGGUAGUGUUUGAAAAUUGUGUAAAUAUUCUAGAAGAGAGAGAGAGCAUUUAACGUAAUCAUUUAAGUAGCAAGAAGCAAAACAAACACUUAUACAAUACAACCGUAGCUGUAGCGUGAAAUUGAGUAUGUAAAUCUACUGUGUACAUAUUUAUUUAAUUUAUUACUAAACGAAAAACACGAGACCUUUACAGAAAAAAAAUACAUCUUACAAAGGAAAACAAAA